AUCCAUUGUUUCGUGUCGUGUAGUAUUUUGUAGGAAGAACCAAAAGAAAUCAUGUGAGCUUAUUUAUUUCUUUCCCAUUUUACCCUCAUCUUCUUUGCCUUAACCCCCCAAUAUUGUCCUCUCUUUUUUUCAAAAAAACCAAACCCCUUUUCUUGUUUUUCCUGCUUUCUUGUAGUGCAAGUGCCACUUCUUUGGCAUAAAGUUUCAAUCUUUUCUUUGUCUUUUCAUUUCCAAGAAUUUCUGACACCCCAGUUUCUUGAGCUUUUGUUUUUCUCUUUGUCUUUUUACAUAUAUAUUGUGUCUAUGUAUUAAUUUUCUGAGCUCCUGAAAGAGCAUAAAGCUCAAAGAUGAGUACAUCAACCAGCAUUUUUGUGAUAAGAUGGAUUAAUUUUCUCACUAUGUGCAGCUAUUAGCUGUGGGCGUCGUAGGUUUUGGAAUUUGGAUGAGCGCUCAUCAUGAUGGCUGUCGAAAGUCACUCACUCUGCCUGUUCUAGGUCUUGGAGGAGUUAUAUUCGUCGUAUCAAUUGUUGGGUUUCUUGGAGCAUGGAAGAACAACUCCAUCUUGUUGUGGAUUUAUCUAAUCAUGUUGUGCUUGAUUUUGGUGGCAAUAUUGGUCUUCACCGUCUUGGCGUUCAUUGUGACGAAUAACGGCUCAGGUCAUAGUGUUAAUGGAUUAAGGUACAAGGAGUAUCAGCUUCAAGAUUACAGUUUGUGGUUUCUAAAAGAACUGAAUAACACCCAUAACUGGAAGCACCUGAAAAGUUGUCUAGUCAAGACGGACGACUGUAGUAAUCUAUCAAGAAGAUACAAGACUCUCAAGCAAUAUAAGUUAGCAAAACUAACACCUAUUGAAGCUGGUUGCUGCAGACCACCCUCUGAGUGUGGUUACCCUGCUGUUAAUGCAUCGCACUAUGACUUGAGCUUUCAUCCGACGAGUUCCAACAAGGACUGCAAGCUUUACAAAAACUCAAAGAAUGUCAAGUGCUAUAACUGUGAUUCCUGCAAGGCUGGAGUCGCACAAUACAUGAAAACUGAAUGGAGAGUGGUUGCUAUCUUCAAUGUGAUUCUCUUUGUCGUCUUGUCGAUAAUCUACUUCGUGGGAUGCUGUGCAAGACGAAAUGCUGCUAAGAGCCGCUCUAAAAUUUGAAUCCUACAACUGUAAAAUCCAGAUGAGUUGAUUGCCCUCGCGCGUAAUGCAUGAAUGUACAAGUUUUCUUCAGCUAAUGAUGUGCCGCAACAAUAGUUCGUGUUCUUCAGCUAUUUGUUGACAAACUCUGUAAAGCUUUAUUCGAACGAAAUGAUUCAUGUAAUAUAAAACGCUUCUGAUGUUUAUGCUAAAUCAUUCUUCUAUAGUUCUAUUA